CCUCCCUGCCCAGCGCGCUCAAACCUCUCGUCUCGUCUCUGGCACACCCAUAAAUACCACGCCAUGGCUUUGGCUUCCCCACGUCUCCGCCACCUCCGACUCCGAUCCUCCUCCAGCCUACAACUCUGCAGCUAGCUAGCCGGCAGGAUCGGAGCUCGGAGGAGGUAGCUAGGGUGGUGCUGGUGCAGAGGCACAGGAGAUCUGAAGAACAAGGCCGGCCGGCCGGCCAGCCAGCCAAAGCAAUCCCUAUAUAUAUAUAUAUAUAUAUAUCGAGCAACAACAAGCAGAAAGCCAAUAAGGCAAGGAAAUUGAAGGGAGAAGAUGAGCAAGGAGUGCGUGGUGAACGCGUUGCUCAGCUGCUUCAUGCACGUGGGCCUGGCGCUGGUGCUCCUCGUCUACCUCCCCAUCGCCUUCAUCGGCCGCCUCCUGAAACGCCUCUUCGUCCGCCCCUUCGCCAAGGGCGAGGACCUCCGGGGCAAGGUCGUCCUCGUCACCGGCGCGUCCUCCGGCAUCGGCGAGCACCUGGUGUACGAGUACGCGAGGCACGGCGCGUGCGUGGCGGUGGUGGCGCGCACGGAGAUCGCGCUGCGCGCCGUGGCCAAGACGGCGCGCGACCUCGGCGCCCCCGACGUGCUCGUCGUCCCCGCCGACAUCACCAAGGUGGACGACGCGAAGCGCGCCGUCGAGGAGACCGUCGCACACUUCGGCAAACUUAAUCACCUGGUUGCCAACGCGGGGAUCUGGUCCAGCUGCUUUUUUGAAGAGAUCACCAACAUAACCGCUUUCCAUAAUGUGAUUGAUCUCAACUUCUGGGGUGCCGUCUACCCGACCUACUUCGCGCUGCCGUACCUCAAGGCCAGCCGUGGCAACAUCGUGGUCACCGCCUCCGUCGCCGGCAGGGUCCCUACAGCACGGAUGAGCUUCUACAACGCAAGCAAAGGUGCCGUGAUACGGUUCUACGAGACCCUGAGGGCUGAGCUGGGGUCCCACGUCCGCGUCACUAUCCUCAUGCCCGGCUACGUCGUCUCCAACCUCACCAAGGGCAAGGGCCUCCAGAAGGACGGCCAUGUCGGCAUCGACGAGGAGGCCCGCGAUAUCAACGUAGGGCCGAUGCCGGUGGGCAAGACGGAGUCGCUGGCGGAGGUGGUGGUGGCGAGCGUGCGGCGAGGGGACUACUACGUGACGUGGCCCGGCUGGUACUGGCCCUUCCACAUGGUGAUGUGCGCGGCGCCGGAGCUGCUCGACUGGUUCUCCCGGGCCUUCUACGUCUCCAAGUCCGGCGAGCAGGACGGCGGCGCCGCGCUCAGCAAGAAGAUCCUGGAGGCCGUCGGCGGGAAGAAGUUCCUCUACCCCAGUACCAUCCGAUCCCAGACCGCCAUUGCAGCUAACUGACUGACUGAAUUUGUCAACAUGUUAGCCACACAGAUAUAUAUAUAUACAGAUAUAUAUAUAAAUGUAAUGGUCUGUUCUCUGUUGUUGGAUUAGCACGGGAUGGGUCAAUAGGGCUGGGUGGAAUUGAAAUGGGUGUGCGCGUCCGAUCAACACUGUAUUUUUUAUUCGUUUUUUUCUUUUUUUUUUCUACCUUUUCUCUUCGUUUCAUUUUAUUACUACAAGUGAUCAAUGUGUGAAUUAAUACGUACGAAUGUUUAUGGGUGGUUGGUUUGUGGGUGCAAAUUGCACAAUUGAUGUUCGCCAGCAUUUAUCUGCUGAUCGAUCUCAAACAGAA